AGUUGGAGUGCGAGAGUUUAGUGCAGUCAAUGCAGCUAACCCGCCGCGAGGGCGAGUGCUCCUGACAUCCCUUCGUCCGGGACCGUCCGCCCGCCCUGCUGUCAGCACUGUCCGACCCUAAGUCUUUACGAAGCGGACCGCGACCCGUUUCUAUUCGGCGCAUUUACUCGGGCUAACCAGCUGCUAGAUUGGAAAAGCGCCUCAUGGAUCCUCAAAACACUGAAGCCAAAGUGCUGCUGAGCCGCGCCAAGACGUUCCGGCUCCACACCGGGAAUUUGGUGAACCGGAGUCGGCUGAAAAAGAAGUGCCCGGGCUCCACCAGCGAGGAGCUUCGAGACUGCAUUCAAGCCACAAUGAGUGACUGGGUGUCCAUGAAAAAAGCAGCUUCACCGGGUUUUCCAGACGUUCUGGACUGCUCUUUACCUGAAGCAACAGAGACGAUCACGCCGGAGGAGAGGGAGGAGCUGAAGGUUUCAGUGAAGCUCUUCCUGUGCGAGGCGGGCCAGUCCGCCAUCGGAGACGCUGUGGAUUUGGCUUGUCAGACUCUGGCAGUGUCCCAGCUGGACUCGGUCAUCAUCGCGCCGCCUCCGCCUCUGGAGGCUGACCAGAGUCUGGCUCACCUGCAGCCGGCGUGGGAGCAGCUGGAGGCUCUGGUCAGGAGCCAGAAGAUAGCAGCCAUCGGGACGUCCGACCUGGACAAAGACCUGCUGGAGCAGCUGUACAACUGGGCCCAGGUCAAGCCCAGCAGCAACCAGGUCAACCUGGCCUCCUGCUGCGUCAUGCCCCCUGACCUGACGGCCUUCGCCAAAGACUUCGACAUCCAGCUGCUGACGCACAGCGACCCCAAAGAGUUGAUGUCGGCAGAGUCCUUCCUGGAGGCCAUGCGGGAGGGAGCGCGGGACCAGAGCCUCAGCGGCUGGAGGCUGGAGUGGGUCCUCCGCUACUCCGUCAUCGUCAAGAGCCGGGGCAUUUUCAAAUCCAAAGGCUACCUUGUCAGUGCGAAGAGGGUGGACCCCUAGCACCCAAAAGAAAAGGAGAAAAAAGAGCCACGGAUGAAGCCAUUUGCCUCCAUUUUCACUCAGUACAGUUUCAGCUCUAUGGACCAGUCAUGAAGGAGGUGCGAGGUGUUCCUGUCUUUGUGUGACCGCUGCAGGAAGUCAUGGCUGGUUAAGCGCUGACCCUCCAGGUCCUGAAGACACUCGUUCAGCGACGUCACACUGACAGCUGCUCAUCAACGCCGUUGAAUCCACUACAGAUGCUGAAGCUUUCUGAACUGGUUCCAUGUAAAGUGCCUCAUCCAUCACUUCCUGUCUGUUUGUUCUCAGUGAGGGCAGCUUUUAAUCUGAUCUUUGGAGAUAGUAAAGAAAAUUAUUAAAGUAUUGGUUUUAAUAAAGAAUGUUUCCUAUUAAAAAAAGUCCUUUUUGGAGAAAAAACCCUGAUUUGAUCAGAUUUGGGGUUUUAUUUUCUUUUUGGACUUUACAUUCCUGAAACACAAAAUAAGGGUUGUUGAUUGUUGAUGCAUAUUGAGUCAUAUUUAGGUGGAAAUCAAAUGUGUAUAUAUGGCUAUUUUCUCAUUCUUGUCUCCUAACUGCUGUUCAUGUUUGACCCCAUGUGCUCGUUAAAUUACUCUGAUGAAGCAUAAAGCAAUAUUUUGAGAUUAACAGUCUGAUGGCGUUGAUGUGUUGCUGUGGCAACAGCUGAUACCUCACUACAAAUUAGGAAUGCACAGCAUGACUGCUGAAACCGCAUUCAAAAUCCAUGGGAAACUUAUGGAAAAUGUGUCUAAUAAAGUUAGCAAAAACAACUGUCA